AUGCUGAGCCACACCACAGCACAGCAGGCGCUGGUGGAGAUAGGCGACAAGGACGCGGCGUUUGUGGGGUCCAGCCAGUGGAUCGGUGAGAUCGAGCUCAGCUUCAUCCUGGAUCACCCCUUGCGCCUCUUCCCCCAUUUUCACCCGCCGUCUCGCGCCUGUUCCCCUUCCCCCCACGCCCCCAGGUGCAUUCAAGAGGCGCUGGUGGAAAUAGGGGACAAGGACGCGGCGUUUGUGGGGUCGAGCCAGUGGAUCGGCGCCAUCGAGCUCAGCUUCAUUCUCGACCACCUGCUGGGGGUGAGAUUGGGGGUGUUGGGUUGUGUUAAUGAGCUGCUGGGGGCUGGGUUGUGGGAGUGA